AUGGGCCUAAGCUUAAAAGAGUUUGAGCAAAGAUAUAAAGAUAUUAUGGAGUUUUACUACAUUGAUUCCCCACAUGAUUGUCCAGAGGAACCAGAUAAGUAUUAUGUAAGCAAGGGAUUUUAGCCUCCUUAUAAAUCAUGGCUGACCUUUGGUUCUUGGAGAUCAAAUAGUUCUGAUGACCCAGAAGAGUAGAAAGCACCUAAUGUAGUAACUGGAAUUGAUGUGUCUGCCUAAGUAGUCUUUAAAGAGAUGGAAGCCAAUGGACCUUUUGACGGAGUAAUCGGAUUCAGCUAAGGAAACAUAUUUUUCAGACAUUUUUACAGAUUAACUAUGGCCAUAGAUCCAGAAAACUUAAAGCCUCCCUGUGAGAUGCCAAAGUUUAUAAUCUCAUUUGCUGGUCCAGUUUUUAGGCAUAUGCAAAUCGGCUAUAAGGAUAAAAUGUACUCACAAGAGGGCUUUUCCUUUCCUUUGGAAUCGAUUCAUAUCUAUGGUAAAAAGGACAUAUUUCGUGAAUCCAUGAUUGAAUCAUAAUUCUACUUGAAGCCUGUAAUAGUUGAUCAUGAGGAAGGCCACAAAAUACCUAAGGACUUUUCAGAAGAACACUAAUAAAUGAUAAAUGAGUUUAUAAGAAAGCAGUACAUAAACAAAUUUGGAGAUGACGUUGGCUUUAAAGUUAAUGACCUCAGUACAAAGUUAUGA